CUCUCUCUUUGACUCUGACAGACUCGAACCUCCGCUCGACUUAGAAAGAUCGAAACUUUAAUCGCUACCCCCAUCUGCGCAAAUCCGUUCGGCGUGCGACGGGGAUGGGGAAUCGGAGGUUCGCGCAGUUCGCGACGAGCGACGAGGAGGAGGACGAGGAGCCGCACCCCCGGAAGCGGGUCACCCGCUCCUCGAAGAAUCCCGUGGAGAGCGAGGCGGAGUCCAGGGGCAAGCGCCGGAAGCUGGUGAAGCUCGGGGACGGGGACGGGGACGAGGGCGGGGACGGGGCUGAUCGGGAGGGCGGGCGGGAGGAGGAGAAGGGCGCGAAGAACGGGGGGAAGAGGAAGAAGAAGAAGGAAGAGGAGGAGGAGCAGGAGGAGGUGGAGGUGGAGGAGCCGGAAGAGGAGGAGGACGCCGACGAGGACGCGAAGCCAAUCGGGGAGCCGGUUAGGUUUUCCAGCAAGGGGAGGGGGCGGAGGAGCCAUUACGUGGCGUUCGAAUUCGAUGGAAAUCAAUACGAGCUCGAGGAUCCUGUACUUCUAGUCCCCGCCGAAAAAGAUCAAAAACCAUACGUGGCUAUUAUCAAGGAUAUUGCACAAACCACAAAAGGAAGCAUAAUGGUUACUGGGCAAUGGUUCUACCGCCCUGAAGAGGCAGAGAAAAAGGGAGGUGGGAGUUGGCAGUCACGUGAUACUAGAGAGCUCUUUUAUAGUUUCCAUCGAGAUGAGGUUCCCGCAGAAUCUGUGAUGCACAAGUGUGUGGUACACUUUGUUCCAAUUCACAAGCAACUCCCUCAUCGAAAGCAAAAUCCUGGUUUCAUAGUGCAAAAGGUUUAUGACACUGUUGAAAAGAAGUUAUGGAAGUUGACUGACAAGGAUUAUGAAGACAACAAACAACACGAGAUAGAUCUUCUCGUUCAAAAAACCUUACAGCGCUUGGGAGAUCUCCCAGAUAUCGAUACAGAGGAUGCUCAUGCUGAUCAGGAAGAUCAGUUGAAGAGAAAAAGGAGCUUCCGAAGAAGGAAUGUGUCACCUUUAGAUGUAUCCAGAGAGGAAGAUUCAACAGCCAAAUCAGAUCAACAGUUUAAAGCUGAAACACCAGGAAGUUGUACAAGUAACGCCUCUGAAUACUAUGCCAUUUUAGUCAAGUUUAACGAACUUACAGGAUCGGGUGCUCGUGAUAAAUGGUUAGAGAGGCUUCUUCAGGCAGUGCAGUAUGUUUGCACUUCUGACGGAACUAAUGAUGAAGAUGGAACUAAAUGUUCAGAAGGAGUCAAUGGAUCUCAAGAACAGAAAGUGCAGGGUGAGCAUCCUUUAAUUUGGCCAGAUGCUGCGGUGUCAGCAGUAACUGCCCUUGAGAAGGCUUCACAUCAAACCUUAUCGUUAGAUUUUCAGAAAUAUAAUCAGAAGUUGAGGCAGUUAUUGUUUAAUCUGAAGAGCACUGCGCUUCUAGCCCGCCGUUUGUUAAAUGGAGAAUUGGAACCUUCCAAGAUACUGAACAUGUCGCCCAGUGAGUUGAAGGAGGGCUUGACUGCAGAGGAGACAGCAAGAAAGGAGCCAGAGGAGUCAGAGUGCAUGCAGAUGACAGAUGCCCGUUGUUCUAGAUGCAGCGAGUUUAAAGUCGGUGUGAGAGACAUCAUCCAGGCUGGACAUGGAGAUCGUUAUCAGCUGGAGUGCAUUGCUUGUGGACAUUCCUGGUAUGCAUCUAGAGACGCAGUGUCAAUGCUGACAAUAGAUGGGCCAAGCUCCACCAGAAGUGUGGGUACCGCACCAUGGGCCACUACCAAGUUCGAAAGCGUGGAGAAACAGCUGGCUAGUCCCCGAGAAUCUACCAAGCCACCGGAUGACGCUUUUAAGAAAAGCACUGAAGCAAAAAUCCCAGUUUUGGAAAGGCAGAAAUCGGUGAGCAAGCCCAAGUUAGACGAGAACUCUGAAAUCACAAAGUGAGCUAAGUAGGCACAUCCCGCACCUUCAUAGCAUUCGUUAGCUUGGCAGUGGUCAGCAAAGGGAAUUAGGAUCAUGACGUUGUACAGUUGUCAUGGAUAGUCGUGCUGUUGCUGUGUUCAUACAUAGGUGCAUAUCCUCCCAAUAUGUAGUCAUGAGAUCGUAUCAACACUGGCUUAGGUAGAAAUGACCGAUUUUCUUUAUAGAUAUGCAUGCAAUUUCUCACCCAA